UUACUUACCGCAGAUCUCUUGUGAGAGUGCCGCGGUGGACCUGAGCGCGUGGCCACAUGCGUUCUUGAUCUUGCCGUACUUGUCGACAAACACCGCCCCGAUGCUCACAUUGGAGGUGGCCCCCUCGUCCGUCUCGGUGUCCAUCUCCUCGCUCUCCACCUGCUGUGCCACCCUCUCGGUCCAGCUGAUGCCGUGCGCAUCUACACGCAGCGGCACGUCACUGCCCGCACCCGUAGCCGUGGAUGUCAGGUCGGUGGCGACGGCAUCGAUGGCCCUGAGGCCUUCGCUGCCCAGGAGCUCCUUCAUCGGCGCGAGCAGGGAGGGGUCGCCCAGACGGAAUAUCCGCACCAGCAGCAGACCUGAGAAAAGAAGAACGGCAUGAGCGUGUGUCUGUGUGGGUGUGGGUGUGUCAGUGGGCCUGUUGCUUACUGCUGAAUUCUUCGGCGAGGAACCAGUCGGGAAGCUGUGCCCUCGGCCCUAGUUGUUUGAUGAACAUGGCCGCGCCGUGGAGCACCGCAGCCACCAGGUCCAUCGACGGGUGGCGCAUCAGACGGACCACACCAUGCCGCCACAGCACGGCAAUCGUGUGGGCGGGGAGCCUCUGCAGCAGAACGUCGCCUGACGUCUCCAGGAACUCACUCACGAUGUACGCCACCUGCAUCGCCACCUCGUGCAUCUGACAGACACGUCACACCCAACCACACGACAACACAACACAUAAUGAUCGACCACCACUGAGUGUGCCUGUCUCUCCAUGAGUGUACCGUACCUCAGCUGUGUAUGGUGCGGGUGGCGGUGGCGGCAGCGCAGCGUGUGCGAGCCCGGCGAUCUUGAUGGUGAGUCGGUUGAGGUGCUCGAGGCCCAUGUCGUUGGCAGGCCGGUUUUUGUUCUUCCGCCGGCCGACCUCGCUUGCCAAUGUCGAGAACGUCUGCAGCGCUGUCUGGGAGACGCAAACAAACGCAGCAGAUCAGAGAGGAUGUGGCGUCAUGGUGCAUGGGGGCACACACGUACCUUCCUGCACGCGUCUGACUUGCCGAGGUUGGACGAGAGGAACUCAUCCACCUGCAGCUCGACCAGCCGACUCACCGACACCACCUGGGACAGAUCCCUGACGCAUCCACAUCACACAUAACACACCAUUACACGCGUGGGGGCGUGCCCUUCUCAGCCUUGUCUCACUUACCUGAAGACCUCCAGUGCCGCCCUUAGCAGUGCCUCGCCGCCCUCUUGCCCCAGUGAGGUCAGGUACCCCCCGAUGGUGUUGAAUAUGUCGUUGCAUGCCUGCUGCAGUCCGCUGACGAUCUCCAGCCGCCGCCGCUGGGGCAGACCACGGGUCGACUCAUCACUGCACUCCUGAGCCAACUCGCGAAUCACACCCAUCACGAUACUCGCGUGGGCGGCACUCGUGCGACCUGCACACAGGCAGACAAAGAUGAAGACAGACAAACAGGCAGGUUGUUUGUUUGUCUGUUCGUGGCGCUGACCGGCAUUGAGAAGGCUCGGCAUCAGCUCCUGCCAGCACUGGGGCCACUCCCGCCGCGCCACCUCGGCUAAGGCCACUGCACACUUUUGCCGCACAAUGGGCGAUCGAAGACGGUCGGCCGGCAGCUGAGUGGGGUAGGACAGCAGCACCGCCUUGACCGAUGCCCUCUGCUCCGGCGUCCACCUCUGCCAUUGCCUGCUGAUGGCCUCGCGGAACAGCGUGUGGCCAAAGAACUGCACCCGCUCGAGCAGGGCGGCAUCGAGCUGGCUGCCGUCGUGUGUGACGAGUCUGUGGGCGAUCUCACAGGCGCUAGGGUGGUCAUAGAGUGAGGUGCAGUGCUGCUCGGCAACGACGCGGUCAGCAUGCGAGACGUUGGGCUGGCCGGAGACCCUCAACGCUUCGAUAACCGACCGCACGCUGGCAUCCAUGGCCGCUGGAUCUCCAGAUCAGAGCAGUAAAGGAUGAGAGCGCCGCAGAGCCGUCCGUCGAGGCAGAUCACGCCUUCAGCUCAUGCAUGUAAGUCUGCAGAUGGUCGCCAUGACUCCAAACCCUUAAGGCCACACCAACCAUGCGCCAAAAG